AGCGAGGUGAUGAAUUGUCCAAGCUAGCCUCCUUUCAAGAAAUAUCACCUUGGUAAACAACUUAUGUUGAAAUUUUGGAGACACCAAGUUAUAUGGACUCUCUUGUUGACUGUGCAAUAUUGAGUAUUGAUCCAUCAAUGUCGAGCUGGGCCACAUCGUUGAUUGAAUAUCUAGAAUUUGGAACAUUACUAGAAGAUGAAUCUGAAGCUUGGUUAGUAAGACACAGAGUAGCUCGUUUUUGCCUACAAGCAGCGUCAAUAUCUUUAUUGAAAUGCUCUACUCCUUAUGAAGCAGAGUAUGCUAUCAGAGAAGUUCAUGAAGAAGUUUGUGGCACACAUAUUAGGGGAAGGACACUCGCCCCAAAACUACUAAGACAAGGCUAUUGCAAGCCUCAAAUGAUUGAAGACACUCAAAACUAUGUCAAGAAAUGUCCAACUUGCCAGUUCAAUGCUAAUGACAUUCACAUGCUAGCUUCGCUAGUUCCAACGAUGGAUUGGAAACUGGCCAUUAUUGGAAAUUCUCCCAACCAUACGAAACUCCGUUUUUUGGGGAUGCUUGAGUGCAACCGACAGAAACACCGCCUGCACAAUGAUUUCUCAGUCUUCAACGGGAUUUCUAGCCUCUGGUUAGCAUCAAAGGGUAUUGUUCCGAGAGUUAAGUUUGUUUCCACACCUUCGCCACCUAGCCUUUUCUGGCGAAAUUGGGCAACAUCGCCAAUUCCAAGCUUCGCUAGUGCGAAUGCCUUGCUUCGCCAGACAGGCAACAUUCACCCAUCUAUGCCUACCAAGCCACUACCCCCAUAGUUUAUCCCGAGUAAUUCCCAUGAGUUUAGAUUCACGGGCUUGCGCUUAUCUACGAUAAUAAUAAAGUACAUAUGAGCAUAUAUUUGAGUUUUUUAGAUACAAGCAAUAUGUGAAUUUACACAGUGAAGAAAGGAACUCCCCUAUAUGUUGAGGAAGACCAUGUGGGCAAAUGUUCGCUGCUCCCAUUUAUUCGCUAACCGUGGCUGAUGUUACUUUAUUGUUGCUAUGCAUGGCUGGCGUUGUGCCAGAAUAGAGAAUGGAUGACAUU